AUGGACGCCCACACUGCCCGAGGCGAAAGGGCGAGACCCGGCGCGACCGUCCUGCGCCUCCCACUGAAGACCGCUGGCCGCGUAGGACCGCGCCCGGCCGGGGGCCGCGAGGCAGCCACAGCACCUGCCAGGCUGCUCCACUCUUCCUGCUCCUUGGAGAAGAUGCUGCAAUGCAGCUGUUCCUUCCAUGGGGUCCCCACACCCUCCGUGCAGUGGUGGGUUGGAGGUGCCCUCGUGGGUGUGAAUGGCACAAACGGCAGCCCCCGGGUGACUUCCACCAUGCUCGGCCCCUGGGCCAACAGCACCAUCCGCCUGACCGAGAAGCCAGAAAUGGGGACGAGACUUCUCUGUGAGGGAAAGAACCAAAACGGAACCCACACUUUGAGCAUCCUCCUGAUGUCAAGUUCUUUGGUUUCUCAGACCUUCAUGAAAGGGCUGAUCCAGGGUGUAGUCUACGGAGCCAUUGCAAUCGCAUUGCUCUUCCUCUGCCUCCUCCCCCUCAUAGUGAAACAUACCAGAAUGAAGCAGGCAAAGAAAACUGCAGCGAUCGGAGCAAAAAAGAGCAUUAAAGUCAAAGCCAGCCAAGAACCCAAAACGUCUCUGAAGCUGAAGGAACCAGGAAAAUCCACAGUCGCCCCCGUCUCCGAGAGCCAGGUACUGGAAAAGCAAGAUAAAUGAUCCAACUAA